UCUCCUUGCUUUAACCGGAUUGGGUAAAAAGAUGUGCUCUCGCGGCGGCUCGGCCCUCGUGUCAGUAGACUGUCUGUGUGUGGCACAGGGUUGCAUUGCUGGACGAAGGGGGAAAUGCUCGAGCGACGAAGAAGUACAACGUUUCAGUUUUAAACCUCUCAAACCUCUUCAAAAUCGGAAGUACAGUUUUUGGCAGUGUUUUCUGAGGGAUUACGCGAACAUUUUUGUGUGCCGUGGAGUUUGGCGUUUAUUAUUGCUGUGCCUCGGACCAGCGCGCGGAGAAGCAGACUCUCCUCUUUUGAUAGAGAGAGCGCGCACACGGGAGAUGUUUGUCGCCGUUUGCGCUCACUGGGAAGCGUUUCAUUUUAAAGUGAAAUAUUAAAGCGGCGAUUUACAUUUCAGAAGUUGAUCGCAGUUGCUGAGACGGUGGAUGUGAUACGGCGGCUCGGACGCACAAAGACAGAAGAGGGAAAGGGUUCGAGCUGCACUGACCUGAGAACAGGAGGAUUUUGCCCCCCAGCGUCCAGUGGGCUUCGUGUCCGGCUGAUUGUUUCGUCGGGUACAGUGGCGUGCCAGUGGACGCCCCCCACCAAACAGACCUCCAAUAAAUAAAGGAUACAUUUCAAGAUGUAUCCACAGGGCCGACAUCCGGCGCCCCACCAGCCUGGUCAGCCAGGCUUCAAAUUCACAGUGGCAGAGUCCUGCGACAGGAUCAAAGAUGAAUUUCAGUUUCUGCAAGCCCAGUAUCACAGUCUUAAAGUAGAGUACGACAAAUUGGCCAAUGAGAAAACAGAGAUGCAGCGCCAUUAUGUCAUGUACUACGAGAUGUCCUAUGGGCUGAACAUUGAAAUGCACAAACAGACUGAGAUUGCCAAAAGGCUCAAUGCGAUUCUAGCCCAGAUUAUGCCUUUUCUGUCACAAGAGCACCAACAGCAGGUUGCACAAGCUGUUGAACGUGCUAAGCAGGUGACAAUGACAGAAUUGAAUGCCAUCAUCGGGGUACGUGGACUUCCCAAUCUGCCUCUCACCCAGCAGCUCCAGGCUCAACACCUCUCUCACGCUGCCCACGGUCCCGUGGCUUUACCCCCCCAUCCUUCUGGCCUCCAGCCACCGGGAAUCCCGCCGGUCUCUGGCUCGGGAAUCUCUGGCUCGGGCCUGCUGGCUUUGGGAGCCUUGGGAAGUCAGCCACACCUGCCCGUGAAAGAUGAAAAAAACCACCACGACCUGGAGCACAGAGAGAGCACAAACAACUCAAUCUCUCCAUCAGACAGCCUACGAACAACCAGUGAGAAACACCGCGGAUCUUCUGAUUACAGCUUGGACUCCAAGAAACGCAAAGUGGAGGACAAGGACAGCAUGAGCCGAUAUGACAGUGAUGGAGACAAAAGCGACGAUCUUGUGGUUGAUGUUUCCAAUGAGGACCCCGCCACACCCAGAGGCAGCCCUGCCCACUCCCCUCCUGAGAAUGGCAUAGAUAAGCCACGCCCUGCAAAGAAGGACACACCCAACAGCCCCGCCUCUGUGGCCUCUUCUGGCAGCACCCCCUCCUCUAAAAACAAGGAGCACGGACAUAAUGACAAAUCCUCCACGCCUGGACUCAAGUCCAACACCCCCACGCCUCGUAACGAUGCCCCCACUCCGGGUACCAGCACUACCCCUGGGCUCCGGCCCAUCCUUGGCAAGCCUCCGAUGGAAGCUCUGGCCGCCCCUGCUCUACGCACCCCCCUUUCGUACCCGACUCCCUUUGCCAUGAUGGGCCACCAUGAAAUGAAUGGCUCUCUGACCAGCCCUGGAGUCUACGCCGGCCUUCACAUCUCCCCUCAGAUGAGUGCGGCAGCUGCGGCCGCGUACGGACGCUCACCUAUGGCGGGUUUCGAGCAUCCUCACAUGAGAGCCCCGGGCCUCCCUGGAAGCAUCACCUCAAUCUCUGGAGGAAAACCAGCCUACUCAUUUCACGUCAGCGCUGACGGACAGAUGCAACCUGUGCCCUUUCCUCCGGACGCUCUGAUUGGUCCAGGGAUCCCUCGCCACGCUCGUCAGAUUAACACCCUCAGUCACGGUGAGGUUGUGUGUGCCGUCACUAUCAGUAACCCCACUCGCCACGUCUACACGGGCGGCAAGGGCUGCGUUAAGAUCUGGGACAUAAGUCAACCUGGAAGUAAAAGUCCAGUGUCUCAACUAGACUGUCUGAACAGGGAUAACUACAUCCGCUCCUGUAAGCUGUUGCCUGACGGCCGCACUCUUAUUGUUGGAGGGGAGGCCAGCACACUCACCAUCUGGGAUCUCGCUUCCCAGACACCUCGCAUCAAAGCCGAACUGACCUCCUCCGCGCCGGCCUGUUACGCACUUGCCAUCAGCCCAGACGCUAAGGUGUGUUUUUCCUGCUGCAGUGACGGAAACAUCGCCGUGUGGGACCUUCACAACCAGACCCUUGUCAGGCAGUUCCAGGGCCACACAGAUGGUGCCAGCUGCAUUGACAUCUCUCAUGAUGGCACCAAGCUAUGGACAGGUGGUCUUGACAACACAGUCCGCUCUUGGGACCUACGAGAGGGACGGCAACUCCAACAGCACGACUUCACAUCUCAGAUCUUCUCUCUGGGCUACUGUCCGACGGGCGAGUGGCUGGCUGUUGGCAUGGAAAGCAGCAAUGUGGAGGUGCUCCAUCACACCAAGCCUGACAAAUACCAGCUCCACCUUCACGAAAGCUGUGUUUUGUCUCUCAAGUUUGCCUAUUGUGGUAAAUGGUUCGUGAGCACUGGGAAGGACAAUCUGUUGAAUGCAUGGAGGACUCCCUACGGCGCCAGCAUAUUCCAGUCGAAGGAAUCAUCUUCGGUCUUGAGCUGUGACAUCUCGGCUGAUGACAAGUACAUCGUAACGGGCUCUGGAGACAAGAAGGCCACAGUGUAUGAAGUGAUCUACUAGACUGAGGUAACAGGCUGGUGCGGUUCAGGCCUCUGGAGGAGGAACGAAAGACAGACAACUUCUCACUCCAGUGACUCUUCUAGUCAAACAGACAGGAACAGCCCCCGUCUGUCUGUCUGAUUGACUGCCUGUCUCACACUCACUAACUGUAUGACUGAGCUCUGAUCAAGUGGGUGCUGGGGUGACCUUGACUGAGCUACCUGGACUCGGACUUAAACGUGCAGCCCAUACAAGAACCUCACAUCCACCAUCGGCACGCUCGGCCCGGUUCAUAUGGCACUAGAGAACAGUCUUGAUGUUUCCUCCUUUGCUGUUUUUUUAUUUGUUGGAUUUUGUUUCUAUUUUUUGUCCUCAUUACGCGGUGAGGAUGUUCCAUAAUGCAUCGUGAAGCAGUGCUUCGUCCUGAAACUUCAUCUGUGUGGAGGCUAUGUGAAAAGUGUACAUAAUGGAGUAUUAAAAUGCCUUUUAUAGAUUUAUAUUUUGGUGUCCAGUUACACUUGUGAUGGUUAUCAUUUUCUCUCUCUCUCUCAUUCUCUCCUUGAUGCUUCGUUUCCCCUUCGAGGUUUGGAAAUUAGAUUAAGACGUUUUUUCUGAGGAUAUUCUAUUCCGUUUUCCCCCCUUUUGAGAAGUUCAUUUUCCAGGCUGACCUUUUAUGGAAAUCUAAUUUACUUUUUCACCCUCCCUCCUGAAAAACAAUUUUGAGCUAAAUCGCAUUACAGAGGCGUUUUUGUGAAAUGUCCUGUGGAUUUUUUUUCAAGCGGCUCAAAGCCCAUGCAAGGCACCCCGAGACUACAACCGAAGCUUUGCAGGAGGGGCAAUUUGGUUCCCUUUGCAUCAGCCUUCCUGCUCUUGGCUUCAGAGAAAGAGACCCUUUCACCUGGAUUUUAAAUUAAGAUUGUAUUUACCAAUUAGUAGAGGACUACUCUCAAACCUGUGACUUCAUUGUGCUGUCGUUAUGAUCAGGACAUAACAUCGUGUCUUAUUGUGGAAGACUCCGAAUUUGGAUUAAUUCCCCCACCCCUCCUUAUUCCCAGUGACGUACACUGUGGUCGUGUGGAUAGUGUUCCAUAUAAAGAAAGCACAGAGUAAAGAUGUCUGCAGAUGAUGAACCAAACGGACCAUAACACUAUCCUAACACAUGCAUUGACUUGCUGUCCAGCUUGUUUAUAGCAUCACUGUUAGUAACCCUCCCCAAAAUAAAGCGCAAACGGCUGGUAGAUACGGACACGUCACACACCAAAGUAUGUAGCAAACUGUGUUGUCACUGAAGAUAUGUACAGUUGUUGAUAAUUCAAUAAACUGUUUUUGUAAAAAACGA